CGUAUACCUUCUGUUUUGCGAACAGCUUGAAAAAAAAAAACUUUGGGAUCACGUCACACUGUUUUUCCUGUAGUAUGUAAAAGAUAUUUUUAUCUAGUAAUGUGAGGGGCUAAGAGUUACAAGUUCUACGGUCCCUUCAUGCUUCAGAGCCUAGUGAUUAACUGAAUGCUGGUUUGCUAGCUACUUGCCCCUAUGUCACACUUCUGAACGUUGUGAAGUUUUGUAAACAGCAUAAUCCACUUCUGCCAAGAUUUUGCAACAGGGCUGAGAUUGCUUGGAUACCAAAUAAUUUCAGAACAGUGGAUGUUAACAUUAAGCACUGUAUUGCUCUUCAGAGACUCUCACGUAGCUGUUGAAUUUCUUACAGAGUGAGGCCCUGUUGCUGGUACAGGCUGAAAGAUGGCUGAAGGGAAUGUGACUACUUUCAUGGCCUUGAUCGAAAAGUUUAGUCUGCCUCAAGGAAACUACAAGAAACCAAAACUCCUCUACUGCUGUAAUGGUGGCUACUUUCUGAGGAUACUUCCUGAUGGAAAAGUUGAAGGAAUAAGAGAGAGAAGCGACAAAUACAUUCGCUUACAUCUGAAUGCAGAAAGCGUAGGUGUGGUAUCUAUCAAGGGCAUUGAAGCCGGACAUUACUUGGCUAUGGAUUCAGCUGGAUGCAUCUAUGCUUCUUACCAGAUGACUGAAGAAUGCCUAUUUCUGGAAAAACUUGAAGAAAACCAUUACAAUACGUAUAAAUCCAAGAAGUAUGAAGAUAAGAACUGGUAUAUUGGAAUACGGAAAAAUGGCAGCAGCAAAAUAGGGUCAAGGACUCACAGGGGACAAAAGGCAGUCCUCUUUCUCCCUUUACCAGUCUCAAAUGAUUAAUAAUUCUGAACGCAAAAGAAACCAUAUGACACAAUACUGUGAGAUAACACACUCAAAAGAAAAAUACUUCUUAAUUUCAAUUUUGUAUAAAAGUUAAAACUGCAACAGUUUCCCAGGCAUGCAUUCUACCUCCCACAAAUGGUCACUGAGAGCAGUCUCUUUACCGCGAUCACUGACUUGUCAGUUGGUGGCAAAAUUGUGGAACCCAACAGCAUACUAUUAAAAGAACAGGUAAUUGUUGAAAGCACAGCUUAAUUACAUGUCCAUGUUAUACCCUUAUAUAUAUGUAUAUUUUAGAUACAUACACACAUAUAUAUAUAUAUAUAUAUAUAUAUAUAUA